AGUUGCCCGGCUUCCGGGGUGCUUCUUAGCACCUGUUCUACCACCGCGCCAAUUCUUGUGUUUUGCCGAUUUUUCGCCCCCCCCUUCCCCCUCACGGCCUCACUCUCGGUAGAAUUUUAGAAAUAGUGUGUCUAUUCUUUCUGUUAACCGUAGUUAAAACGAUGUUGAUCAGUGUAUGUAUGUGCGAUUCGAAAGUUACCAUUGUGCCGGAAGUGCGUGAUUUUUUGCUUAAGUGAUGUCCCCGUUUGUUUUCGAUAUUAUGCCGUAGGUAGUUUUUGUUUGGUUCGGGAAUAUUGUAUAAGGAUUAACUGACCAAAAUGACGGAGGCAGACGGAGGUUCCGAGCAGGAUGAUGUUUCAUUCCUGCGUACGGAAGACAUGGUGUGCCUGUCCUGCACAGCCACCGGAGAACGUGUCUGUCUGGCCGCCGAAGGAUUCGGUAACAGACACUGCUUUCUGGAAAAUAUUGCAGACAAGAACAUUCCUCCCGACUUAUCACAAUGCGUAUUUGUUAUCGAACAAGCACUUUCAGUCAGAGCAUUACAAGAACUUGUCACAGCUGCCGGUUCUGAACAGGGUCAUCGUAGGGCCAAGAAUAAAGUCAUUCCUUUGAAUUUAUUCAAACCUGGCAAAGGAACUGGCUCUGGUCAUCGAACUUUACUGUAUGGAAAUGCAAUUCUGCUUCGACAUCAAAAUAGUGAUAUGUAUCUCGCCUGUCUUUCAACUAGCUCUUCUAAUGACAAACUCUCAUUUGAUGUUGGUUUGCAAGAACAUUCACAAGGUGAAGCGUGUUGGUGGACAGUUCAUCCUGCUUCAAAACAAAGAUCUGAAGGAGAGAAAGUGAGAGUUGGAGAUGACUUAAUUCUAGUAUCUGUAGCAACUGAACGUUAUCUGCAUACAGCAAAAGAAAAUGAUCUGUCUGUCGUAAAUGCAUCCUUCCAUGUUACGCAUUGGUCUGUACAACCCUAUGGAACCGGAAUUAGUAGGAUGAAAUAUGUAGGUUACGUCUUUGGGGGUGACGUCUUAAGGUUUUUUCAUGGUGGUGAUGAAUGUUUAACAAUUCCAUCAAAUUGGACGGAAACAACUGGUCAAAACAUUGUGAUUUAUGAAGGAGGUAGUGUAAUGUCUCAAGCACGAUCCUUGUGGAGGCUAGAACUGGCUCGAACCAAGUGGGCAGGAGCAUUCAUCAAUUGGUACCAUCCAAUGAGAAUAAGGCAUCUCACCACUGGCCGCUAUUUAAGUGUGAAUGAAAAUAAUGAAUUGCAUUUAGUCGGAAGAGAUGAAGCUACAACAGCGACAUCAACAUUCUGCUUACGCCAAGAAAAAGAUGAUCAGAAAGUAGUUUUGGAAGAUAAAGACCUAGAAGUAAUUGGAGCACCCAUCAUCAAAUAUGGUGACAGUACUGUUCUUGUGCAACACUCUGAGACAGGACUAUGGCUUACUUACAAGUCAUAUGAAACAAAAAAAAAAGGAGUUGGCAAGGUAGAGGAAAAGCAAGCUGUCUUGCACGAAGAAGGAAAAAUGGAUGACGGAUUAGACUUUAGUAGAAGCCAAGAAGAAGAAUCCCGAACAGCUAGAGUUAUUAGAAAAUGCUCUCAUCUUUUUACCCAAUUUAUCAAAGGACUAGAAACGCUCCAGUCCAACAGGCGACAAUCAGUAUUUACAUCGUCAGUAAACUUAAACGAAAUGGUCAUGUGUCUAGAAGAUUUAAUCAACUAUUUUGCUCAGCCUGAAGAAGACAUGGAACAUGAAGAGAAACAAAAUAAGUUACGAGCCCUAAGGAAUCGGCAAGAUUUGUUCCAAGAAGAAGGCAUUCUCAAUCUUAUUCUAGAGGCCAUUGACAAGAUCAAUGUCAUAACCUCCCAAGGUCUAAUGGUAAAUCUUGGAGGAGAUGAAUCCGGCCAAUGUUGGGAGGUCAUCUCUGGUUACUUGUAUCAACUUCUUGCAGCAAUCAUCCGAGGCAACCAUACGAACUGUGCCCAGUUUGCCAAUUCAAACCGUCUAAAUUGGCUUUUCAGUCGGCUUGGUUCACAAGCCUCCAGCGAAGGAACAGGAAUGUUAGAUGUACUCCACUGUGUUUUAAUCGACUCACCCGAAGCCCUCAAUAUGAUGCGCGAUGAACAUAUCAAAGUCAUCAUUUCUCUACUAGAAAAGCAUGGUCGGGACCCAAAAGUUCUAGAUGUCCUAUGCUCUCUUUGUGUCGGUAAUGGAGUUGCAGUUAGGAGCUCUCAGAAUAAUAUAUGUGACUUUUUGCUGCCUGGGAAAAAUCUUCUCCUUCAAACGCAACUGGUGGAUCAUGUGGCAAGCGUUCGUCCGAAUAUAUUCGUUGGAAGAGUUGAGGGCUCAGCAGUCUAUCAGAAGUGGUAUUUUGAGGUUACAUUGGACCACAUAGAGAAGACAACGCAUAUGACUCCUCACCUUCGAAUAGGUUGGGCAAACACUGCUGGAUAUGUACCAUACCCUGGAGGAGGUGAAAAAUGGGGUGGAAAUGGAGUGGGCGAUGAUCUUUAUUCGUUUGGUUAUGAUGGAGCUAAUCUAUGGACAGGUGGAAAAUUUACAAAUGUGGCAGAGGCAGCAGAGCCAUUUAUCAAGAAAGGGGAUGUAAUCGGUUGCGCAUUAGACUUAACAAUUCCUGUUAUCACCUUUAGUUUCAAUGGUCAGCCAGUUCAAGGACACUUCAGAGAUUUCAACUUGGAUGGAAUGUUCUUUCCUGUCAUCAGUUGCUCUUCCAAAUUAAGUUGCCGGUUUUUACUAGGUGGUGACCAUGGUCGAUUAAAGUAUGUGCCUCCUGAAGAAUUUUCACCAUUGGUUGAGAGUCUACUUCCACAACAGAUUCUCUCGAUUGAUCCCUGCUUUUAUUUCGGCAAUCUCAACAAGUGCACCUUGGCUGGACCUUGGCCUGUCGAAGAUGAUACUGCAUUUGUGCCAGCUCCUGUUGAUACCUCGAUGAUAAAUUUACCCAGCUAUAUUGAGAACAUCCGAGACAGACUUGCUGAAAACAUACAUGAGAUGUGGGCACUUAACAAAAUUGAAGCAGGCUGGCAAUAUGGUGAAGUUAGGGAUGACAUUCGGAAGAUUCAUCCAUGUCUUGUUCAAUUCGAUCGAUUGCCCCCAGCAGAAAAACGAUACGAUUCACAGUUGGCUGUUCAAACUUUAAAGACAAUUUUAGCACUGGGUUAUCACAUAACUAUGGACAAGCCCUCUUCUCGAAUAAAGACGAUACGAUUGCCAAAUGAACCAUUCAUGCAGUCCAAUGGUUACAAACCAGCCCCGCUAGACUUGGCAGCCAUCACAUUGAAUGUUAAAAUGGAAGAACUCGUCGACCAGUUGGCUGAAAAUACACAUAAUCUCUGGGCCAAAGAACGGAUUCAGCAAGGAUGGACCUAUGGUUUAAAUGAGGAUCCUGAUAUGUUGCGAAGCCCGCAUUUAGUGCCUUACCCUAAAGUUGAUGAUGCCAUCAAAAAAGCUAACAGAGACACAGCUAGUGAAACUGUGCGAACAUUGUUAGUGUAUGGAUACAUGCUUGACCCACCUACUGGGGAUCCAAACGAAGCUGCGCUACUUGCAGAGGCAAACAGAUUGCGACAAAUGGCAUUUAGAACCUAUCGUGUUGAAAAAAACUAUGCUGUGUCCAGCGGAAAAUGGUAUUUUGAAUUUGAAGUUCUAACAACAGGACCAAUGCGCGUUGGUUGGGCCAGAGUAGACUGCAGUCCUGGACAUCAAUUAGGUAGUGAUGAAAAUUCCUGGGCUUUCGAUGGAUUUAAUAGUGUCAAGAUCCACAUGGGAAGUACAGAGCUAUUUGGUCAUCAGUAUAAAGUAGGAGACAUUGUCGGAUGUUUUCUCGAUUUGUGUGAUAGUACCAUCAGUUUUUCUCUGAAUGGAGAGCUUUUAAUGGAUGCACUAGGAGGAGAAACAACAUUUUCAGAUGUUCAGGGAGAUGCCUUUGUCCCAGCGUUCACCCUUGGAGUCGGUCAGCGAGCCAAAUUAACGUUUGGUCAAGAUGUCAAUCUGCUUAAAUUUUUCACCGUCUGUGGAUUGCAAGAAGGAUACGAGCCAUUUUGCGUAAACAUGAAUCGUGCUGUAACAUAUUGGUACACGAAAGACCAGCCAAUAUUUGAAAAUACCGAUGAUUAUGCUUCUCCUUUUGAUGUGACUCGUAUUCCUGCUGGUUCCGAUACUCCGCCCUGUUUGAAAAUUAGUCACAACACGUUUGAGACCAUGGAGAAAGCCAACUGGGAAUUUUUAAGACUUUCCCUGCCAAUCAUCUGCCUACCAGAGUUCAUUGACGAAGCAGAGAAAAUGCGACGUUGGCAAGAGAUACGCAUCCGACAACAUCGUCUUUUGGCAGAGGCAGAUAAAACAACUCCAGCUCACAUUGAACAGAUAAUGAAAUCUGGUUUUUCCAUGAGCGAUAUCAAAGGGCUUCAUCGAGGAUACUCUGAAGAUGCCGUAGAGGCUGAUGAAAUGAUGAUGAAUGGAGGAGGAGCAGGACCAAUCCAGUCUAAAUCAAAGAAGAGUCCAGCUCGACCACCUCGUAAAGGUUCUCUCUCAAGGAAUGAAGAUCUUCAAAUGGAUUCAAUCAUGCCAUCAGGAAAAAUUCAUCGAUCCUCAAGUGAACUGGAUGUCAACCGUUACAGUAACAUGAAUGGCAACGCUGAUUUAAAAGAUGACAAAAAGAAACGGGGUCGCUCACCAUUCAGGUUUUUCUCUCGGAAGCGAGACCAAAGUGGUGAGAGAGGUAAGAAAGCAAAAACUCCGGAACCAGGCGGUAUGGUGGCAGAAAGAUUUGAAGGAUUGGGACAAGGACGAACAGGUCAACAAUUUAGAACUUCCCAGGCAAACAUCAAGCUGGUACCUCCUGCAAUUCCAGAUCGGAAUCCCACUGGUCCAAAGCAAAUGUCUGGAUCACCACUAACCAGUUCUGGAGUAGAAGCUAUUGGAAACGAGAUUUACGAUGUUGAAUGUCUUAAAAUGAUGAACGAGUACUUCUACGCAGUUCGAAUAUUUCCUGGCCAAGACCCCACUCAUGUUUACAUUGGUUGGGUAACAACCCAGUAUCAUUUACAUAGUUCCACUUUCAAUCAGUCGCAUGUACGGCAAAGUAACAUUACAGUAUUGGAUGAUUAUGGCCGAAUAGUUGAUAGUAUCAAUCGUCAGAGUUGUUACAUGCUACGAGCAGAUGAACUUUACAAUGAGGUUACAAAUGAUGCUUCUGGAAAAGGUGCUUCUCAAGGGAUGACCAUAGGCUGCUUCAUCGACACAGCAACAGGGAUCAUGUCAUUUACUUGUGAAGGCAAAGAGACAUCUCAUAAAUUUAAAAUGGAACCUGAAGCAAAACUUUUUCCUGCAAUCUUUGUUGAAGCCACAAGCAAAGAAGUUCUCCAAAUAGAGCUUGGGCGCACUUCAACAACCUUGCCUCUAUCCUCAGCCAUUCUUCAAAACUCUGAGAGGCAUGUUACUCCCCAGUUCCCACCGAGACUGAAAGUCCAGUGCUUACGACCACACCAAUGGGCUCGAGUCCCAAACAUCUCUCUGCAAGUUCAUGCCCUAAAGUUGUCUGAUGUUCGAGGUUGGAGUAUGCUCUGCGAAGAUCCAGUUUCUAUGCUCGCUCUGCACAUUCCAGAAGAAGAUCGUUGUAUUGAUAUACUUGAAUUGAUCGAGAUGGAAAAACUCCUCUCUUUCCAUGCACACACUCUAACUCUGUAUGCAGCUCUUUGUUAUCAAGCAAACUACAGAGCGGCUCAUACUUUAUGCCAGCAUGUGGAUCAGAAGCAGUUGUUGUACGCCAUUCGCUCAGAAUAUAUGUCUGGUCCUCUGCGCCAAGGUUUUUACGAUCUCUUGAUAGCACUUCACCUUGAUCCGCAUGCUAUGACAAUGGAGGCAUGUAAGAAUGAGUAUAUUAUACCUUUGGGACAAGAACUGAAAGUCUUGUAUGAAGAUCCACAAAUGGGUCACAGUUUAAGAAGUCUAGCCACUGAGUCUGUUCAGCCUCUCAUGAAAAUGACAGAUAUCGCUGAAACAGUCGAUAAUAUUCGAAGUCUUUACAGUCCAUAUUUUCCUUUGGAUGUUGUUCGAGACUUUGUCAUGACAGCAUUAGAUGAAGCUGUUCAAAUCAACCAAGUGCACAAUCGAGAUCCUGUGGGAGGUUCUAACGAAAACCUUUUCCUUCCGCUCUUGAAAUUAGUGGAUCGACUUAUGCUGGUGGGGGUUUUACGCGACGAAGAUGUGAUGAAACUUCUUAUCAUGUUCAAUCCUGAAACUUGGGAUCCGCUUUUUGAAAAAGAUGGGAAAGAUGAGCAUCGCAAAGGUCUACUCAAUAUGAAAAUGGCUGAAGGUGCAAAACUCCAAAUGUGCUAUUUAUUACAUCAUUUAUGUGAUUUGCAAUUACGACAUAGAGUAGAGUCGAUCAUAGCAUUCAGCCAUGACUUUGUCGGGGAGCUGCAAAGUGACCAGUUGAGACGAUACAUUGAUAUCAAGCAGUCAGAUUUACCAUCAGCCAUUGCUGCCAAAAAAACAAAAGAAUUCCGUUGUCCGCCCAGGGAACAGAUGAAUGCUGUUCUUGGCUUCAAAAAUUUAGAGGAAGAUGACCAUGAAAAUUGUCCGUGUGGUGAUGAACUGAGGGAACGAAUGAAUGAGUUUCAUACAUCAGUCAUGCGGCAUGUGUCUCUGUUGGCACUUCAAGAGCCGUCUGAAGAAGAGGAAAAAACCGAUGGAGUUGCAAAACCAAAUGUUUUCAAACGUUUAACCAAUUUCAUAAAUGCUGUCAAGGAAUUAGAAGAAGAACCCAAACCACCGGAGGAACCAGAAAAAAAGUCACCAGAAGAAAUAUUCAGGAAAGUUCUCAUCAGUACAAUUGUCAAAUGGGCAGAAGAAUCUCAAAUAGAAAUGCCAAAACUUGUCCGAGAAAUGUUCAGUUUACUCGUUCGUCAGUAUGACAGUGUGGGAGAACUCGUGCGAGCUUUGGAAAAAACGUAUGUGAUUAAUAAUAAAACAAAAGGAGAUGCUGCAGGAAUGUGGGUUGGGCUUAGUCAGAUACGUUCAUUGCUCCCUGUUCAAAUGUCCCAAGAAGAAGAAGAACUUAUGAGAGAAAGAUUAUGGAAGCUUGUGAACAAUCACACAUUCUUCCAGCAUCCAGAUCUUAUUCGAAUUUUGAGGGUGCAUGAGAAUGUCAUGGCUAUUAUGAUAAACACUCUUGGACGCAGGGCUCAAGCACAAUCAGAUGCUCCGCAAGUCGGCACUGGAGCACUAGAUGGAGAACCAGUAGCGAAAGAAAAGGAUACUUCUCAUGAAAUGGUGGUAGCUUGCUGUAGAUUUCUCUGUUACUUUUGUCGUACCUCUCGGCAAAAUCAGAAAGCCAUGUUCGACCAUUUAUCAUUCCUAUUGGAAAACAGUAACAUCCUACUGUCUAGACCUUCUUUGCGAGGAAGCACACCUCUUGAUGUUGCUUACUCUUCUUUGAUGGAAAAUACUGAACUGGCUCUAGCCUUAAGAGAGCAUUAUUUGGAAAAAAUUGCCAUCUACCUUUCACGUUGCGGUUUGCAAUCAAAUUCCGAAUUGAUUGAGAAAGGUUAUCCUGAUCUUGGUUGGGAUCCAGUUGAAGGGGAGCGUUAUUUGGAUUUCCUUAGAUUCUGUGUCUGGGUCAACGGAGAAUCAGUCGAGGAGAAUGCAAAUCUUGUUAUCCGUCUUCUCAUUCGGCGUCCUGAAUGCUUAGGCCCAGCAUUGCGUGGAGAGGGAGAAGGUCUUCUACGAGCAAUUAUGGAUGCUAAUAAAAUGUCUGAACAAAUAGCUGACCGGAAAAAGUUAAUGGAUGAAGCUGAGGGGUCAACGGCGGUCAUGCAAUUUGAGCAUCCGUUACCAGAGUCCGAUGAAGAUGAAGACUAUAUCGAUACUGGAGCAGCAAUUCUUAACUUUUAUUGUACCCUUGUAGAUCUUCUUGGUAGAUGCGCACCAGAUGCCUCAGUCAUUGCACAGGGGAAGAAUGAGUCUCUCCGAGCAAGAGCAAUUUUGCGUUCAUUAGUGCCCUUGGAAGAUCUACUGGGUGUCUUAAGUUUGCGAUUCACGCUUCAAAAUCCUGCUGCUGGUGAAGAAAGACCAAAGAGUGACAUGCCAUCUGGAUUGAUUCCUGGUCACAAGCAGAGUGUCGUGCUGUUUCUGGAACGUGUCUAUGGUAUUGAGCAGCAAGACUUGUUCUUCAAAAUUCUUGAGGAAGCCUUUUUGCCGGAUUUAAGAGCAGCCACAAUGCUAGACAGAAAUGAUGGAUUAGAAUCAGAGAUGGCACUAGCAAUGAACCGAUAUAUAGGGAAUUCAAUUUUACCUCUGCUGAUCAGUCACUCAAGAUUUUAUAAUGAGUCAGAUAACUAUGCAAACUUACUAGAUGCUACUCUCCAUACUGUGUAUCGACUAUCAAAGAACAGAAUGCUCACUAAGGGUCAAAGAGAGGCUGUCUCCGAUUUCCUUGUUGCACUCACCAGUCAAAUGCAACCAAGUAUGCUGCUAAAAUUACUACGGAAAUUGACUGUAGAUGUAUCAACUUUAUCUGAAUACACCACUGUCGCUCUCAGGUUGUUAACCCUCCAUUAUGAUCGUUGUGCAAAAUACUAUGGUUCAUCUGGAGGUCAAGGAUUAUAUGGCGCUUCAAGUGAAGAGGAAAAACGGUUAACCAUGAUGUUGUUCAGUAACAUCUUUGAUUCCUUAUCCAAAAUGGAUUAUGAUCCUGAGUUGUUUGGGAAAGCAUUGCCAUGCCUGAUUGCCAUAGGAUGUGCAUUACCACCAGAUUACUCCUUGUCGAAGAACUAUGAUGAUGAGUGGUAUGGAUCAAAAACACAAGUUCAAACAGGGCCUGCUGAUGGACCUUACAACCCGCAGCCCAUCAACACAUCUAGUGUCCAGCUUAACAAUGACCUCAACACUAUAGUGCAAAAGUUCUCAGAGCAUUAUCAUGACGCCUGGGCAAAUCGCAAGCUGGAAAAUGGAUGGGUGUAUGGGGAGCAGUACUCAGAUUCACAGAAAGUUCAUCCAAGGCUUAAACCCUAUGCAAUGCUGAAUGAUUAUGAGGAAAAAGAACGUUACAAAGAACCAGUGCGAGAGUCUCUAAAAGCACUACUUGCCAUCGGCUGGACUGUGGAACACACAGAAGUUGAUGUCCCAAUUUCUAACCGCAACUCUGUCCGAAGGCAAUCAAAAGCUACUUUAGAUACAGCAACACCAUUCAAUUACCAUCCGAAUCCUAUCGACAUGACAAAUCUGACACUAAGUCGAGAAAUGCAGAAUAUGGCAGAGAGAUUAGCUGAAAAUGCACAUGAUAUUUGGGCAAAAAAGAAAAAGGAAGAGCUUGUCACAUGUGGUGGAGGUAUACACCCUCAACUCGUCCCAUACGAUUUACUCACAGAUAAAGAAAAACGCAAGGACAGAGAAAGAUCACAAGAGUUUUUGAAAUAUUUGCAGUAUCAGGGAUACAAAUUACACAGGCCAAACCGAGGGACAGCAACAUCAGAGGCUGAACAGCUGGCUGCCGUACAAACUGGCGAGUUGCGAUUCGCAUAUAGUCUUCUUGAAAAAUUAAUACAAUACAUGGAUAAAGCCUCAAUUAAUAUGAAACUUCUGAAGCCAUCUGCAACAUUUAGUAGGAGAAGCAGUUUUAAAACUUGCUCCAGAGAUAUAAAAUUUUUCUCAAAGGUUGUUUUACCUCUGGUGGAAAAAUACUUUAACUCUCAUCGUAACUAUUUUAUUGUCGUGGCAACAGCUUCAAAUAAUGUUGGUGCUGCCUCAUUGAAAGAGAAAGAAAUGGUUGCAAGUUUAUUUUGCAAAUUGGCCAGUUUACUACGAUCUCGUUUAGCAGCAUUUGGAGCUGAUGUUCGGAUCACUGUUCGUUGUCUACAAACCCUAGUCAAAAGCAUUGAUGCCAGAUCUCUUGUCAAGAAUUGCCCAGAAUUCAUCCGAACAUCAAUGCUCACAUUUUUCAAUAAUACAGCAGACGACUUGGGACACACAAUCAUCAAUCUUCAAGAAGGGAAAUAUAGUCAUCUGCGAGGAACUCAUUUGAAAACUUCAACUUCACUUUUCUAUGUCAAUGAUGUGAUUCUUCCUGUUCUAACAGCCAUGUUUGAUCAUCUAGCUGCUUGUGAAUACGGCAGUGAUCUACUUUUGGAUGAAAUUCAAGUUGCCUCCUACAAAAUUCUCUCCAGUUUGUUCACUCUUGGAAUUGAUAGUUCACUCACCCAUGACAGGAAAUAUUUAAAAACAGAAAUAGAGCGUCAUCGUCCAGCAUUAGGAACUUGUCUCGGAGCAUUCUCUUCGACUUUCCCCGUUGCUUUCUUGGAGCCUCAUUUGAAUAAACAUAAUCAAUUUUCUUUGCUGAAUAGAAUUGCAGAUCAUUCCCUUGAAGCUCAAGAUAUUAUGGCACGUAUGGAAAGCAGCAUGCCUACUCUUGAAGCAGUCCUAGGUGAGGUUGAUCAAUUUGUGGAAUCUGGAAAAUCCCACAGUGAUGCCCCUCAUGUGAUCGAUGUCAUUCUUCCCCUCCUUUGCUCAUACUUGCCAGUGUGGUGGGCCCAAGGACCAGAUAAUGUUAAUCUCACAGCAGGUAACCACGUUACAAUGGUAACAAGUGACCAUAUGAACCAACUAUUGAAAAACGUUCUAAAUAUGAUCAAAAAGAAUAUUGGCAAUGACAAUGCUCCAUGGAUGACUCGUAUCGCUGCUUACACACAACAAAUUAUUAUCAACUCCUCAGAAGAGCUACUGAAGGAUCCAUUCUUACCUUUAGCAGAACGGGUUAAACGAAGAACAGAAAAUCUUUUCCAUAAAGAAGAAUCAUUGCGAGGAUUUAUCAAAUCUGCCACUGAUGACACAUCUCAGGUAGAAACCCAAAUUCAAGAAGAUUGGAGUCUUGUCGUGAGAGACAUUUAUGCAUUCUACCCCCUUCUCAUCAAAUAUGUGGAUUUACAACGUAACCAUUGGUUGCGAAAUAAUAUCCCAGAGGCAGAAGAUCUGUACAAUCACAUCUCAGAAAUUUUCAACAUCUGGUCAAAAUCUCAGUACUUCCUUCGUGAGGAGCAGAACUUCAUCUCUGCCAAUGAAAUUGAUAACAUGAUUUUGAUCAUGCCAACAGCAACAAGACGUUCAGCAUCGGCAGUCUCUGAAGGAACUGGCAGUGGAGGUCGAGGAAAGAAAAAGAAAAAACAUCGAGACAAGAAAAGGGACAAAGACAAGGAACUGCAGGCGAGUCUGAUGGUCGCAUGUCUGAAGCGACUCUUACCUGUCGGACUGAACUUGUUCGCAGGAAGAGAACAAGAACUAGUUCAACAUUGCAAGGAUAGAUUUUUGAAGAAAAUGCAGGAGUAUGAAAUAAUGGACUUUGUGAAAACACAGCUCACUUUACCUGACAAAAUUGACCCAGCAGAUGAGAUGUCAUGGCAGCAUUACCUAUAUUCCAAAUUAGGGAGCAAGAAGGAUGGAGGUGAAGUCGCGAAACCCCAGCAAAUUGAUGAAGUUGUGGAUCGUAUUGUUGCUAUGGCUAAAGUUCUAUACGGACUUCAUAUGAUUGAUCAUCCACAACUUCAGAGUAAGGCUGUUUAUCGUUCUGUUGUUUCCACCCAACGUAAAAGAGCUGUCAUCGCCUGUUUCCGACAACUCUCGCUCCAUGCUUUGCCAAGGCAUCGAGCUGUAAAUAUUUUUGGGAGAACAUACAGAGAAUUGUGGCUUCAAGAUGAAAAUGUUGGUCAAGAAGUCAUGAUAGAAGAUCUCACACAAUCAUUUGAAGAGGCGGAGUUGAAAAAACAAGACAAAGAAGAAAAUGAGGGAAAACCAGACCCUUUAACUCAACUGGUAACCACAUUCUGCAGAGGAGCUAUGACAGAGCGAAGUGGCGCUCUUCAAGAAGACCCUCUCUACAUGUCCUAUGCCGAAAUUAUUGCCAAAUCGUGCGGUGAGGAGGAAGAAGAAGGAGGUGAAGAAGAGGGCGAAGAAGCAGCUGAAGGUGAAGAAGGCGGCACCUCUAUCCAUGAACAAGAGAUGGAAAAACAGAAACUGCUGUUUAACCAGUCUAGACUUGCAGAUCGCGGAGUAGCAGAAAUGGUACUAUUGCAUAUCUCGGCCUGCAAAGGUGUGCCCAGUGAAAUGGUGAUGAAAACCUUACAAUUAGGAAUUGCUGUUCUAAGAGGUGGUAAUUCUGAUAUUCAAAUGGGAAUGUUGAAUCAUCUAAAAGAAAAGAAGGAUGUAGGAUUCUUCACAUCUAUAGCUGGGCUAAUGAACUCGUGCAGUGUUCUUGAUCUUGAUGCUUUUGAACGAAACACUAAAGCAGAGGGUCUAGGAGUUGGGCUGGAAGGAGCAGCCGGUGAAAAAAAUAUGCACGAUGCUGAAUUUACAUGCACACUUUUCAGAUUUAUCCAGCUGACUUGUGAAGGACAUAAUUUAGAAUGGCAGAAUUAUCUUAGGACUCAAGCUGGUAAUACAACAACUGUGAAUGUUGUCAUUUGCACAGUUGAUUACCUGCUUAGGCUACAGGAAUCUAUCAUGGACUUCUACUGGCAUUAUUCUAGCAAAGAGUUAAUUGAUCCUGCGGGUAAAGCCAAUUUUUUCAAAGCCAUUGGUGUUGCUAGUCAAGUUUUUAACACCCUCUCUGAAGUCAUUCAGGGUCCAUGUACACAGAAUCAACAGGCCCUUGCUCACUCAAGACUGUGGGAUGCUGUGGGUGGAUUCUUAUUCUUAUUCUCUCAUAUGCAAGACAAACUAUCAAAACAUUCCAGUCAAGUGGAUCUCCUUAAAGAACUUCUUAAUUUACAAAAAGACAUGAUUACCAUGAUGCUUUCCAUGUUAGAAGGUAAUGUAGUGAAUGGCACAAUUGGUAAGCAAAUGGUGGACACUCUCGUAGAAUCUGCAUCCAAUGUUGAGCUAAUUUUGAAAUACUUUGAUAUGUUCUUGAAGUUAAAGGACUUGACCAGCUCAGCGAGUUUCUUAGAAAUUGACCCUAACAAUGAAGGCUGGGUGUUACCGAAAGAUUUCAAGGAAAAAAUGGAACAACAAAAAAGUUACACUCCGGAGGAGAUCGAGUUUAUGCUGGCCUGCUGUGAAACAAAUCAUGAUGGUAAAAUUGACUAUGUUGGAUUUACUGAUAGGUUCCAUGAGCCUGCCAAGGAAAUUGGCUUUAACCUUGCAGUUCUUCUAACAAACUUAUCAGAGCAUAUGCCCAAUGAACCUAGAUUAGCUCGAUUUUUAGAAACUGCUGGUAGUGUUUUAAAUUACUUUGAGCCUUUCCUGGGUCGAAUAGAAAUAUUAGGUGGAAGUAAAAAGAUUGAAAGAGUAUACUUUGAAAUCAAAGAAUCUAAUAUAGAGCAAUGGGAAAAACCACAAAUUAAGGAAUCAAAACGUGCAUUUUUCUACUCCAUAGUAACAGAAGGUGGUGAUAAAGAGAAACUGGAGGCAUUUGUUAAUUUUUGUGAAGAUGCCAUUUUUGAGAUGCAGCAUGCUAGUGGACUAAUGGCUGUUGAUGAUGGCAGCGGAGUGGGUGGUGGAAAAACAAGGAAAGCCGCUUACAGUUAUUUAUCCGAUGAAGAUGAAGAAAAGAAUGUACAUCCAAUAAAAAGAGGUUUACAAGCCGUGAAAGAUACAGUCUUCUUCCUUUUUGCAAUGCUCUCUCCAUCAAACAUAAAACAAAAAUUGGGAGAACUACAACAAAUGAGUGUGCCGGAAAUGGUCAUUGGUUUCUUCAAGCUUAUUUUCUAUUUGUUCUAUUAUUCUGGCUUCAGUGUCAUGGUUGUAUUCAGGUAUUUCGGGCGAAUAUUAAUGAGUUUAAUGAGAGGACCUCAAGUUGAGGAACCAGUCGUGGAAAUUAAAGAAGAAGAAAAGUGGGGCUCUAUGAGAAAACUUCCUGCAUUACCUCCGCCUGAAGAUGGCAAAGACUCUCAACUCAUCAUGCAUGGAUCAGAAGGAUCUAAAGAAGAUGGGGCUCACAUAAAACCUAGUGGUCAUGAAGGCACUCCAAUGAGCGCACAGUUAGGCACUGAGGAAGGUGGUGACUCACCUACCGGUGAAAGCGGUGAUUCCCAUUCCAAGUCUGAUUCCGAUGAAGGACUUAGGGCAGAGGGUGCCUUAACGCUUACAGAAUUCUUAGGUGGUGGAGCAGCCAAAAAAGAAGCAGCUCUUGUUGCAGAAGUUGCAGCUCAGCAUCAAGCAGUAAUGGCGGCAGUUGAAGCUGAAGGGAAACAAGAAACUGUUUCAGAGCCUUCAGCAGUCUCACAGAUUGAUUUUAAUGGAUACACCCACCGUGCCUUGAGUUUCUUAGCCAGAAAUUUCUACAAUCUGAAAUAUGCUGCUCUUGUUCUUGCAUUUUGCAUCAACUUCAUUCUUCUCUUUUACAAGGUAACAGUAAUUGGUGGAGAAGAGGAAGAUGGAGGAAGUGGUGAUGAUUUUGGCGGUCUAUCUGGUGAGGACCUUUUAGGCUCGGUUGGUCUGGAUGCAGGCUCUGGUGAGGAUGGGGGCGGUAGUGGAGGGAGUGGAGAGGAUGAAGAAGAGCCGUUGGAGAUUGUCCAUGUUGACGAGGAUUUCUUUUACAUGUACCAUAUUCUACGUUUUGCUGCUUUCCUCCAUUCCUUAGUCUCUUUAGCCAUGCUCAUUGCAUACUACCAUCUCAAGGUGCCUCUCGCCAUCUUCAAAAGAGAGAAAGAAAUUGCUCGAAGACUUGAGUUUGACGGUUUAUUUAUUGCUGAACAACCAAGUGAUGAUGACAUCAAGUCGCAUUGGGACAAGCUAGUUAUCUCUGCAAAGUCAUUUCCUGUAAAUUAUUGGGACAAAUUUGCUAAGAAAAAAGUCAGACAAAAGUAUAGUGAAACGUACGACUUUGAUUCAAUCAGUAACCUGCUUGGCAUGGAGAAGACUUCUUUCAGUUCACAAGAAAACGAAGAGGGCUCCGGCAUCGUUUACUUUAUUUUGAAUAUUGAUUGGAGGUACCAAAUUUGGAAAGCUGGCGUCACAAUAACUGAUAAUGCUUUCUUGUACAGUUUAUGGUACUUCACUUUUUCAAUUCUAGGCAAUUUUAACAAUUUUUUCUUCGCUGCUCAUUUAUUGGACGUUGCUGUUGGUUUCAAAACCUUGAGAACCAUUUUACAGUCUGUCACCCAUAAUGGCAAACAGCUUGUCUUGACUGUCAUGCUGUUGACAAUCAUUGUAUAUAUUUAUACUGUAAUAGCAUUUAACUUCUUCCGAAAAUUCUAUGUUCAAGAAGAGGAUGAUAAUGUUGACAUGAAGUGUCAUAAUAUGUUAACGUGUUUUGUGUUCCAUUUAUAUAAGGGUGUGCGUGCUGGUGGUGGUAUUGGUGAUGAAAUCGAGCCACCAGAUGGUGAUGACUAUGAAGUCUAUCGGAUAAUGUUCGAUAUUACUUUCUUCUUCUUUGUUAUUGUCAUCCUUUUGGCCAUCAUCCAGGGUUUGAUCAUCGAUGCUUUUGGAGAGUUGAGAGAUCAACUUGAGAGUGUAAAAGAUGACAUGGAAUCCAACUGUUUUAUUUGCGGCAUAGGAAAAGAUUUCUUUGAUACCGUUCCUCAUGGGUUUGAUACUCAUGUUCAACAGGAACACAACUUAGCCAAUUACAUGUUCUUCCUCAUGCAUUUGAUCAACAAACCCGACACAGAAUACACUGGUCAAGAAACAUAUGUUUGGAACAUGUACCAACAACGAUGCUGGGACUUCUUCCCGGUUGGAGACUGCUUCCGCAAACAGUAUGAAGAAGAGUUGGGUGGUGGAGGAGGUUGAGCUCUCUUUUGUCCAUUUCCUUCCCUUAACCUAAUGUCGAUAACUGUUACUGUAACCUCAUAAUCACUGCAACAUCAGUUUUGAAUCACAAUUUUGUUAAUUACUUAAAUUAAUUGAAUAAAAAAUUACUUGAAAAUUA